CAAAACACAUAACAAUACAUAAAUACAUUUUUCUUAAAUGUUUCUAUUGAUGAUUCUAUGAUUAAUUUAAUAUUUUAAAACAAAAACAUGCCCUUUGCACUGUGAAGUGUGAAAGUUUCCAGUCAUAUUCGAGAACCUGUUAAUCAUGCACCGUUUUCAAAGACCAGCGUAUAUCGCUGAUGGAUUCGAGGACGAUUGUGAUGACCUUGUUCACAGAUGUACCCAAGUUCAAACUCUUAGCUAUGAGAAAUUCUGCAACAUAUGGAAAGAAAUGGAUUUUGUGACUAUAUUUCACGGUAGAAAUGCUACAUCAGAGCUCGCUGAGCUUUCCGAGGAAGUGAUACUCAUAGCCAAGAAGUACAUGGUCUCGACUACUAGCAACUUUGAGGAAUCCGUGGCCGGUCUGUUUCUGGUGUAUGCUCUGCUGAACCUCCAGCCGUUGCGUGGCUUCGCCGCGCUGAGGCUCAUACCAGAGGACGUGCCCUCGAUACAGCGGAUCGAGAGGAUCGCCAGACAGAACAGGAGAUACGACGUGCUGUACAUCUUGAGCAAUGUGCUGAUCAAGGGUCCGUGCCAGUGCCACGUGGCGCAGCGGGAGAGGGGCAUGGAACGUUCCAUAAAGAAAUAUUUCGAUAGUCCUCCAAUCCCUAAAAUGACACCCGCAGGCUACACUCCAGCUGAUGACAGAGGCGAGAGGCCGCGCGGAGUCUUCUUCGGGCAAACCGAGGAAAGUGACCUACUAAAAGAACUCGGCAGGCUUGGAACUUUAUAUAAAGACGCAAAGAAAGCUCUAGCAGGCCCGAAUGGCAUCGAGAAGAGCUUGAAUUAUGUAAACGACGACCUGAUGAGGCAAAUGGACGCGUCGCUGAAGAAACUGGUCUACGGGAUUUACGACAACGACAGCUCCAGCGAUUCUGAGGGCUCCGAGGAGUCUCCGGCUCUAGAAGAGCACCCGCAGUCGAUCAAAGAACGCGCCAUGAAGUCGGCCGUGAAAGGCGUCCGGCACCUCACCGGAAUAGCUGACAGGUCAUCAGCAGCGAAGAGUACAACACUGUCACAAUCGAGUUCCCACAUGAAUUCGACAAAGAGAACGAUGGCCAGACAGAUCGCCGCCAUGCUGAGGGUGAACAGGAAGGCGAAUGAAUCAGGGAGUGACGCAGCCCAGGGGUCUCAGUCAUCGUUACCGGAACUGGAGGACGGAGCCCCCGGCCCCAGCGCGCAGAGCCAAGAUAACAACAAAAAAUCAAAACCGGCCCCAUCCAAGAAGCAGCCCAUAAACAAUGAAAGACGAGCCCAAUAUAAAGUCGCUAAAAACGCCAUGAAACGUAAGGAACAGAUAAAGGUGGAGCUUAAAAACAAAAAAACAAAAACUAAAUCGUACAGUGACAGCAGCGGAGAGACCACCGAUGAAGACAUCUCUGACUCCGAUGAUGAUGAAGAAGGAAAUGACAGUGUAGAACUACAAGCUGACUCCGUGCCAAUAGUCAUAGAUAAGGGGGCACCCGAAAUAGAAAUCGAAUUGAUAGGCUUCGAACAAAAAGAAGAUGGGGUCUACGAACCGGUCAGACCGGAGGAGAUUAAGUCUGAGAUGAAAUCAAAAGUGCGCGAUAAGAGAGAACUGAAGAAAACUAGGAUCAAAGGAAUGUUUCAACGGUUAGGGAUGCCUGCCAUAGCUAACUUUAAGAACUCAACUGAGACGGAAGAAAAAAAGUAAUGUCUUGAAAAAUUUUUUUCCUGCCCAAACCUGUGUCAGUUGUGUGGGGUUUUUAAUCUGUUCUAUCUGAACAGAUCUCUGAUAGGCAUGAGCGUGUAUUUGUUGUGUGGCUACAGUUGUAUUCUACACAUUUUAUUCAGUACAAUUUAAUUUUUUAUGUCGGUUUGGUAUUUUUUUCCUAAUUUAUAUCCGACAAUAGAAUAAUAAAGUUUUGUACAUAUACUUCACAAUUAUUUUCUAAGUUUAGAUUUAAUGUGGAAUAAUUGAAGGCAUGAGUGAAUGAAGGGGAUAGGAUACAAUUUACAUUCCCAAUCUUGCGGAAUGAAUGGUAAACAGUCGAUGUCGCCCAAAACACGUCAUUACGGAUCCUCCCGAUCCAUUAACGGUGCUUUUAGGUACCUCAAGCACCGAU